AUGUCCAGCAGCACGAGGCGAAGGAUCCGGGCGCAGAUGGAGGUCUUUGACCCGGCCCAUACGCUCGAGCUCGCCACCAGGCAGGGAUAUUACACGGACAAUGUAUUCCUCUUCGUGCCCAACCUCAUCGGGUACACGCGCGUCAUCCUUGCCGCUGCAGCGCUGCACUACAUGAGCUAUCACCCGAAAUACUGCACCGUGCUGUAUUGCGUGUCCGCCCUGUUGGAUGCCGUCGACGGACAGGCCGCGCGGAAGCUCGGCCAGUCGAGCAAAUUCGGCGCUGUACUUGAUAUGGUCACCGAUAGGUGUGCGACGGCUUGCUUACUGUGCUAUCUCGCAAGCGUGUACCCAGAUUGGGCACUCGGCUUCCAGUUCCUCAUCGCGCUCGACUUCGCAAGUCACUAUAUGCACAUGUACAGCUCCCUCGUGACGGGUUCCGCGAGCCACAAAACGGUGCGGAAUGACGUUAGCCGGAUUUUGUGGUGGUACUACAAUGACCACCGCGUUCUCUUCGUGAUGUGCGCGGGCAACGAAGCGUUCUUCGUCGCGCUCUACCUCGCCCACUGGAUCGACACCCCGAUCGGCCUUGGCCCGUCACUGAUAUCAAACCUGACGUGGCCCGAAUUAGCCGCAUAUGUGACGGGGACAAUUGCGGGCGUCAAGAACAUAAUCAACAUCGUACAGCUGUGGAAGGCGAGCAAGAUGCUCGUGGGUGUGGAUAUCGCGGAGAGGCAGGCGGCGCGUGAGGCGGUGCAGAAGGCUCAGGCGGCGAGCGUGAAGGAGAGGGAGAAGGGAGACCUGUGA